GCUGAAAAUGCAAUUCUUCGAGCUGUUUUGAAAUGAUUUAUUAUACUUCAUCAGAAUAUGAUUAAUUUCGAUAUACUACAGCUUUUCAGUUUCGUUGUUUAGCUAUUAGUUUUUGUUGUAAUUUCUGAGCUGAUUUCUCUCUCAAUUUUUUAAAUCUUAUUUGAAGAUUUUUAUGAGUUCUUCUAAUUAUUUUUUGUUGAAGAAAUUGCUUUUCACAUGUUGAUUUUGUUGAAGAAAUUGAUUUUCAAUUUUUUUCCCCGAGCUUAUGUUUGUAUGUAAAUAGAGCAUGAAAUUGUUUUGUAAAAUAUGUGGAAAAUCAAAUAGUUUGAGCUGUUUUUCCGAAGUAAAUCCGAAUGAAUUAGCUGUUAGACAUGAAUUUUUGUCGCAAUAAUUUGUGGAAAUUGCUUUCUAGUUUCUAUGCUUGAUUUGUCAAACUGGAUUUUCGUCUGUUGCGCUUACCAUAAUUUGUUGAAAUCAAAGAGUAAGCGUAGAUCUGUGAAGAACUAAGAAGAUUCUGAUUUAAUCCACUAAAUUUUUGAAUUCGCAAACAUGUUUAUCAAUUAAUCACGUGUUUUAUAAGACCUUUGAUUUUUGCUCUAAAUACUGAUUUUUCUGGCUGCUUCUUUAUUGUCUCAACGAAAAGGUCAAAAAUCCCUCGCCUGCGUAUCUCCGCCUCACUAUUCCUUUAGUCAUUUGUCCAGAUCUGUAAAAAAAUUCUUCACAUAGCUCGUAUAAUUUUUAAAUUACCAGUAUCUUAAUUUCAAUUAGCUAAUUCAGAGUUCAGAUCUAUAAAUUUUUUUAUGAAGCUCAUAAAAAUCCUUUUUUUCCAAAGCAGGUUUUUUUCUCACAGUAAUUUCCGUAAAUCUCUGUUAUUUUAGAUCCAUAAAAUUUGUCUAUGAGCUCAAACUUAAAAUUCCUUUUUUUCUGUAGCAGGUGGUUUUUUGAAUUUAGAUCUAAUUAUUAUCAAGCUAAAGAGAGAUGAAUCACUGCGCAAUUCAACAAGGUGCUUUCGCCGCUUGUGAAGAUAUGUGGAGUUCAAUUUCUGAUAAUAAAAAGGAAGCCGUUGUUUGCCCUAAGCCUCGGCGUCUCGGCCUUUUGAACGCUACUGUAAAUGAACCUUUCAAACCUCUCAGAUGGCAUGUUAGCCAUCAGCAAGAGUUGUGUGAUUCAAGAGCUGGAGCUGAUCUAUUGGAUAUCAUCCUCGCAAAGGGUGGUGGUGCGGAUCAAUCAUCUGCGCAGGUAGCCUCGUCGCCCCCAUUUUUUUGUGGGUCACCGCCGAGCAGAGUAUCUAACCCGUUAAUUCAAGAUGCACGAUUUGGGGAUGAGAAGUUCAUGACCCCAGUUUCACCGCGGGCAAUUCCCAUACCUUCCGGACUGGCUGCUUCGUCCCCAUCUGCAUCCGCCAGGAAACAUGGCGGAUGUGUGAGGGCGAAUUUUGGCAACAAUCCGGCUGUUAGAGUUGAGGGUUUCGAUUGCCUCGACAGGGAUCGCCGCAACUGUAGCAUCCCUGCCCUGGCUUGAUUGAACUCUUAAAAGUAAAUAUAGAGGUAAUUUGAAGUUACACGAAGGAGAGUAAUUCACUUUUGGUUUAGCAGCAGCAGGAGAAAAAGGUCCCUUUUGCCUAGUGUAAAUAUGUUUAAAAGGGUCUAUAUGUAGUGGUGUCUUGUUGUCUGUAAGUAAAUGAGAGUGUUGUUAUUAACCGAAGUAAAUAAUUAUGAGAGAAAAUUAGGAGUAUUUAGGUGAGGGUGGGGGUCAUGAGGGAAAAAGCCCUCUUGCAAUGGGUGUAAAGUAUGAGGUUAGACUUGGAGGAAAUUUGUAUUGGAAUUUGUAACCAUUUUGGGGUCGUUUUUGUGAAAUGUCAAUAUGGGCGGCUUUGAUGAUGAAGAGAUUUUGUUUUGAAAAAAGGAAAAACCUUUUAGUUGAGUGGAGUCAUCGUUGUAGUCAAUUCACUUUUGUAAAUAUAUGAAAUAUAAAUAUCGAUUACGGUUAUGAAUUAUUAUUA